AUGCGGACGAAAAACAGCAACACUCACGGAAAAAGUUCAGACAUCCGGAGAAUCCUCCUUUUCGAUGACAUUCCCUCGUGGAUGCAAGUGGAUCCUCAUAUUCGACGAGGCUAUAGGGAUGAGCUCAGGAGUGUCAGGAACUGCGUCUAUUCUCUUUUCUAUACUCAUAACGAGUUCGUCAAUGUCUGGUCUCAUCUACUUCCAGCAAUUGUGCACUUAGUGCUUCUCGCAAGAGAAGAACGCCUUGCGCUAGGGGACGAUCUACUUGGGAUGUCAUGGAGCCGCGUUGUGAUGGUGCAACUCUACAUGGUUUCCGCAGUGCUUUGUCUGCUUUCUUCGAGUGCAUACCAUGUCCUUAAAGCGCACUCUGAGCGCGUAGCCCAGAGUGUGCUGAAACUUGACUAUCUCGGUAUCGUGCUGAACAUUGCCAUCAUCAGCAUAACAUCCACAUGGUCCGGUUUACGCCAGCAGCCACAUCUCCAGGCCUCUUACAUCACGUCGAGCGUUGGGCUUUCCGGAAUUGUAUUCUUUGUCUUGCUAAGUCCGAAGGCUGAUGGAGCUGCCGCAGCGUUAUGGAGAGCGAUGCUCUUCGCGGCAUUCGUCGGGAGUGGAUACGUUCCGAUCGUUCAUAGUUACCUAAGUCAUGGACUUGUCGGAUUGCGAUACUUCCCUGUCACCGCCGCGUUGAUCAUGAAUGCGUUGGACUUCCUUGGAGCAAUCUUCUACGUUACUCGGUUUCCGGAAAGGCACUUCCCCGAAACAUUCGAUAUAUGGGGUUCCAGUCAUCAGAUAUUUCACGUUCUUGUUAUGCUUGGACAGAUCGUGUACUUGCGCGGCUUGAGAAGCGUAGUCGCUCAGAUCUAG